CUCAUGUGAGGCCACCACGUUUCAUUUACCCUCCGUGUAACAUUACCGACUCUGCCCCGUUUAUUUAAGAUAUGGCAUCUGAGUGCUGUCUCAGUCUCACCAAAUACUUCCUCUUUCUCUUCAACUUGAUAUUCUUUCUCUUAGGAUCACUCCUCUUAUCAAUGGGACUAUGGAUACUACUUUCAGAGAACAGAAUUUUCAUCCCCUCCCCUCCCUACAUUUCCAUCUCUCUCUUCUCCUACUUCCUGAUCAUCAGUGGAUCUGUGACCAUGUCAUUAGGCUUCUUAGGAUGUCUGGGUUCUCUGAAGACCGUCAAAUGCCUGCUGGCAACUUAUUUUAUCCUGCUCACGGUUCUUCUCGCGGCUCAGAUAGUGGGUGGGGUUCUUUUCUACACCCAGAAGACUGAGUUGGCAGGUUCACUAAAGGAGCACACUCUUCUACUAAUAAAGUCAUUUGGAAGGAAUGAUUCCAGUCUCCAGAGUUUUGAAAAUACUCUAGAGUACAUUCAGCAGGAGGCCAAAUGCUGUGGUUGGCAUGGAACAGAAGACUGGGAGGACUCUAUACCCUGUUCCUGCUACAACAUAGGCAAUGCCACUGUCAAUGCGACAUAUGAAAUCCAAGAUCCAAAUAAGUGUAACACAUGUUUCUCAGAUGAAAUCCAUUCAAAUCACACCUGUGGGGUUUAUAAGCAGGGUUGCAGUGAGAAUAUAAAGGAAUGGCUGGACGAAAAUCUUCUCAUAAUUUUGGUGGUUAUUUUGGCCAUUUCUGUGGUGGAGAUAUGUGGUAUGAUCCUUUCGAUGUGUCUGUAUAAAGAGGGUUCUGUGGAUUACAACACAAUUCUCCACUGAGAUGACCAGGAUCAGUGAGGAAAAAAAUGUCAAGUAUUUGUUUUCUGUCAUUCAUAUAUUUGAUGUUUUGUUAAUGUUUUUU